AUGGAGCACCUGGAGAACGGGCCUAGUGUGUCUGUGGACUACAAUACCUCUGACCCCCUCAUCCGCUGGGAUUCCUACGACAACUUCGAUGGGCAUCGUGAUGAUGGCAUGGAGGGUGCUGAGGACAGCACGCCCAUCACCACUGAGAAGGCUCCGAAGAAUGUAGUGGACGUGGGAGAAGGAGCCUCCCGGGGUGGAAACUCUCGGAAAAGCCUGGAGGAGGAUAGCUCCACGAGGGUCGCCCUGAGUGUCCAGCCUCAACCACAGCCCAUCAGAAACAUGAGUGUGAGCCGGACCAUGGAGGACAGCUGUGAGCUGGACCUGGUGUACAUCACAGAGAGGAUCAUUGCUGUGUCCUUCCCUAGCACAGCCAAUGAGGAGAACUUCCGGAGCAACCUCCGAGAGGUGGCCCAGAUGCUCAAGUCCAAACAUGGAGGCAGCUACCUGCUGUUCAACCUCUCUGAGCGGAGACCUGACAUCACAAAACUCCACAAUAAGGUCCUGGAAUUCGGCUGGCCUGACCUGCACACCCCAGCCCUGGAGAAGAUCUGUAGUGUCUGCAAGGCCAUGGACACUUGGCUCAGUGCAGACCCCCACAAUGUUGUCGUCCUACACAACAAGGGAAACCGAGGUAGGAUAGGAGUUGUCAUCGCGGCCUACAUGCACUACAGCAACAUCUCUGCCAGUGCGGACCAGGCUCUGGACGGUUUGCCAUGAAGCGAUUCUAUGAGGAUAAGAUUGUGCCCAUUGGCCAGCCGUCACAGAGAAGAUAUGUGCAUUACUUCAGCGGCCUGCUCUCCGGCGCCAUCAAAAUGAACAACAAGCCCCUGUUUCUGCACCACGUGAUCAUGCACGGCAUCCCCAACUUUGAGUCUAAAGGAG